ACUGUCGGGACUCUGGCCCCGGUACUGUGGGUGCUUCCGCCCGUAAACCGAAGUCGAGGAGGAGACUUCCGUGCCUGGGCGUUUGCAGAGGGCGAGCGGUUGCCCGUGGGGCUUGGGUGACUUGCUACUGAGCUGCUGUGCUGCCGCGUCAGUUUAUGCCUGUGGUUUGGGUGCACUGAACGCAUUCAGCUCGGUUCCCAGCUUCUGACGCAGAUAGAAACAAAUGCUUGUGGAAUACGUGCAAAUAAAGAGCCAGGGUGGCGGCCAGCCCUGUAGCCCUCUUUCUGCAGUUGUCCCCGCCUAUUCCCUUCCACUUCCGGGUCAGGGAGGUGUGUCCAAAAGCAAGGAGGAAGCAAAAUCCGCCGGCAUUCCCACGCCUGCCACAGUUCCUUGGGACGGCCUCUGAUUUUCCGGGAGGGCCUGUCCACCCCGCUGUCUCUUUAAGAAAUCACUUAGUCUCUGGCUUUACUCUUCCCACAUCCUUUCCCUGAUUACUCCUCUACGUCUAGAGAUCGAAAAAUACUGCAGAGUAGAGAGGAAGGGGCUGUAGAAGAAACAAGCGAAACUCAUUCCUUGGGGGGCGCCCUGGAGAAGGAUACUUUCCUGCCUUCUCAUACCGGCUACCUAAAUUAGUUAUUCGCUCCUGUCUUCAGAGCUUCAGUUGCUCUUUCACUUCCCGAUUCCGCAAGAGCUCUGGGGAGGCAGAGUUAUGGAGAAACGCCUGCAGGAGGCUCAGCUGUACAAGGAGAAAGGGAACCAGCGUUACCGAGAAGGGAAGUACCGAGAUGCUGUAAGUAGGUACCAUCGAGCUCUGCUUCAGCUGCGGGGUCUGGAUCCAAAUCUGCCCUCCCCGAUACCCAAUCUAGGACCUCAGGGCCCGGCCCUCACACCUGAGCAGGAGAACAUACUGCAGACCACGCAGACAGACUGCUACAACAAUCUAGCUGCCUGUCUCCUUCAGAUGGAGCCAGUGAACUAUGAACGAGUGAAAGAAUACAGUCAGAAAGUCCUGGAACGACAACCUGAUAAUGCCAAGGCCUUGUAUCGGGCUGGAGUGGCCUUUUUCCAUCUGCAGGACUACGACCAGGCUCAGCAGUACCUCCUGGCUGCUGUCAACAGGCAGCCAAAAGAUGCCAAUGUCCGACGGUACCUCCAGCUAACACAGUCGGAACUCAGUAGCUACCAUCAGAAGGAGAGACAGCUCUACCUGGGCAUGUUUGGUUAACAAAGAAGAAAGAUGCUCCUCCACUUGAACUUGAAAGUUAAAGACCCAUCCAGGGGAAACCUGAGCCUCAGCAAGAGAAAUUAACCCCAUACCUCUCUGACCCAAGUGGAUUUCUGUUUUGUUUCGAGCCCUGCACAAACUCCUUGGCACUUACGCAGUCUGGUUUUCUUUUGUUGUUGUGUUGUGUUGUGCUUUGUUUCUCAGGUCUGUCCAUCUGUAUUUGUAUACCUUUCAAUACAUGAUUCUUGCGGAUAUUGCCUUGAGAGUACAGUCACCUAUAGGUGUGAUUAAUCCUCUCUGUGGCACAGAUUUUAAUGGUAGAUGUUGUUAACAUGUAUUCAUGUACAGAGGAGAAAGCUAGUAAAGUAUGAAAGAAUGACAAAAGAGGUUUUUUCUCUGUUUCUCAGAUACCCAGUGCCAAAGUCACACAGACCGCAAACUGGGAAACAUAUUUUUGUGUGAAAACAAUUAUAAAUUGGACCCACAUGACUUAAAAUGGAAAGAUUUGAAAUUAACCAUUUUGAUUAAACCAAUUCCUUUUUCUUAAUAUUCCAUGUACAUUCAGAUUCUUUGUCCCCCCCGUGAAAGUAUCUGGUUUCUAUUUUUUCUGGUAAUAAUUUCUAGCCCCUGCUAUUGUUCAUACUCAGAACAUUCAUACGAUAUACUUAUUUAUUUUUUCAUUAAACUCUUCUAUCUUAAAACCUUGAAUCAGGCAUUUAAGUAUUUAACAGUUCUUUAGCUGUUGUGCCAAAAAAAAAAAAAAAAAACCCAAAUAAACAUUUUAAUUUUUAAUGGUGCAUAUGUAUAGCAUGCUCCUUUCUCUAAGGAAAAGAAAAUAGGAAAAAUAGAUUGCCAUGUUGUCUUGAAACAAUACCAUGAAAGCAGGAUAAAAAAUUAAAUCUUUUCUUCAUGUGUCACCUCGUAUCUAGCAAGAGCUCAGUUCCUUACAGAGUAGGGAAAUAAGGAAGGGUUCUCCUUCCCUAGUGCUGAAGUACCCCAUAGAACUUUCUAGAAGCUUUGUCAGUGCAGGCUGCAGAUCUGGUGUGGUCAUCUCAAUAGGAGGCUCCAUCAACCACAAGCUCCUUUGUCAUUCUGUGUACUUGUUGGGAAUAAUGUCCACAAUGUUUGAGUUCUGUGGAGCAGAUGAGAUCAUGUAGCACUGCCUCGACCUUCAUGAGUGGAGGUAGUAAGCAUGCGUCACUAGGCAUCACCUAACAGAUUCCAGAAAGAACAACCAAAAAACCCCCAAACCCUUAGUCUUGUAAAGUACGCGUGAAUUCUUCUCCCUUCAUCAGUAAUGUCCCCCCACCCCCAAAGGGUCAGGCUUCUCUUUGUGUCUCCCCCUACCCUUAAAUAACAGAACUUAGAAUAAAAAGGUUUUCUACCAAAUAAUCUUGUAAGUCCAAGGACAGAACUAACA